UCAGUCACACUGCCAUGAGCUGAGACUGCAAACAAAGUUUACAAUGUGCCUCUAGUACAAAAUACAAAAUACAAACAUCAGCAAGUUACUAGCUUCGAAAACAUAAUAUUUAUUAAUGAUAUCAAUAAUAUGUUUGAGUGAACGUGAAUCCCCCAUGUUACGUGUAAACGGUAUUUUCCGAAGUUCUUCGUUAUCGCUUCGCUACCAGUUCGUGAAAAUCCGGUGAACCACCAAAGUUGACCAACAUGGAGUGAUAAAGAUUCAACUUUUCUCUCUAAAAUAGUAGAGCCAGACAAAAUGGAUUUAUCCCUGGCACUUGAUUUGGGCACGUUAUUGAUAGUAUUGUCGAACAUUUUAUUUUGUCCUUACACCAAGGUUGAGGAAAGUUUCAACAUUCAAGCAACUCAUGACAUUUUGUAUCAUGGUUUCAACAUUUCGAAGUAUGAUCACGUGGAGUUUCCAGGAGUUGUACCAAGGACUUUUAUUGGUCCAUUAUCCCUAGCUAUCCUCAGCUAUCCUUUUAUAAACAUAUUAAAAGUAGUCAAUGCAUCAAAAAUGUAUUCCCAAAUUAUAGUCCGGUCUGUUCUUGGUGUUUGUUCAUCUGCAUCAUUUUCCCUUUUUCGAAGAGGUGUUGGUAGAAAGUUUGGCUCUACUACUUCCAACUUUCUUGCAAUUUUGACCAUAAGUCAGUUUCAUUUGGUGUUUUACAUGUCCCGAACUUUACCAAACACAUUUGCUUUAAAUUUUGCACUUUGUGCCUUUUAUUGUUGGUUUACUGGAAAUCAUCCAUUUUUCAUAUGGUUAUCUGGUUUUGGAAUUAUACUGUUUCGUGCUGAGCUGGCCAUAGUAAUGGGUUUGAUAAUGCUGUUGGAAUUAUAUGAACAAAGAAUUUCGUUAGCUAGGUCAUUUGUCCAUAUUGUCUUGAGUGGCAUAGCGGCACUUGGUUUAACUGUUUCCAUUGACUCCUACUUUUGGGGAAGAUUUUGUUGGCCCGAGGCUGAAGUUUUCUUCUUCAACACAGUUCAAAACCAGAGUUCAAAUUGGGGCACAUCACCAUUCCUUUGGUACUUUUAUUCUGCAAUACCAAGAUCAUUGUUAUUGCUCACUAUAAUUCUCAUCUUUUAUGGCUUGUGGAUUGAUAAAAGACCAAGAACUAUAUUCGGGAUAUCAAUUGUGUAUAUUUUACUGUUUUCUUUUCUUCCGCACAAAGAACUGAGAUUUAUUUUUUAUAUUUUACCUCUUCUAAACGUUGUUGCUGCAGUUGGACUAAACUUUAUAUACAUGAAUAUCUGGAAAUGGAGACUUCGCUCAAUAAUAGCAACUCUUGUUAUUGGUGGAUUAAUCAGUAAUGUUACCAUGACAACCAUGUUGAUGUAUAUAUCAAGUCUCAACUAUCCUGGUGGUUCAGCAUUAAAUACGUUUCACCAUCAAGUAAUUAAGAGAAAUUCAUCUCCUCAAUCUUUACAUAUUUGCAAUCUUGCUGCACAAACAGGUGUGACAAGAUUUGGGCAAGUACAUCCAUAUGUAAGUUACUCAAAGAAAGACAUCAAAUAUGAUGAUGUGGAUAAAUUAAAACAAUUUUCCUAUCUCAUUUUGGAAGGACCAUGCUCGUAUAGUAAUGAAUUAUUUGAAAGUUUGCAAGAAAUUUAUGGAUUUGAUGGAUUGACUCUGCAUUUUGAUCAAACAUUUCCUUAUAUAAAAUUUGUAAAAUUUAUCCCAAAAUUGUGUAUCUUAAAAAGGAGAUUUGAACCAUAAAAUAAAUAUUAAUGGUUGCUCCUAAAUAUUGUAGUAGCAUUGAAGAAAUCAUGCUACUCUAAAAUAUCAUUAAAGUUGGUAAGAAUGUAAAAAAAUGCAUAAAAUAUCUGGUUAUGUGCUUUAUAAUUAUUUGUAAUUACUAACUUUGGUUUAAGUGGCCAUACCAAAUUUCAGAUAUUUAGCACAUUUUUCUGUAUUAUGCACAAGUAGAACAAUUCUUCUUCAAAUUAUUUUAUUGUUUUGUGAUUUCAUUCCUUGAGUGACUUUGUAACUCAAGGCCACUUGUUAUGUAUGGAAAGUAACUCAGUAAAUCCCAUUUUUUCAUUAAAAGUACAAGUAAACAAGUCA